AUGUCCUCCAGCGCGGCCGAAGAACCACAGACAACGCCGGCGGCGGUGACACCGUCGACGGAGGAGACUACGCCGGCCAAGCCUGAAUUACCCCCUCUGACCCCGGCCGAGUUCAGGGUCUACAACCAAAUGGCAGAAAAGAUGAACUACUUUCACAACCACUUCCGCCACCAAUGGACCCUCCUCCACACAGCAGCAACAACAAACCGCCGCCCCCAAAACAUGUCCCUCAAACAAUUCCUCGACACGGGCCUCCAGUUCACCCGCCACCUCACAGCCCACCACGGCAUCGAAGAAGCCCACGUCUUCCCCGUGCUCGCCCGCCGCAUGCCCGAGUUCCGCGGCGGCCGCGGCGGCGAGCUGCUCAAGCAGCACAAGCAGAUCCACGACGGCAUGGACAAGUUCGAGGCCUACCUCCGCGCCUGCCGCGACCGCGAGACGGAGCUCGAGCUGGGCGUCUUGAAAGAGAAGAUGGAUAGUUGGGGCGAGGUGCUCUGGACGCAUCUUGAUCAGGAGGUGGAGACGUUGGGGGCGGAGAAUAUGAGGAAGUAUUGGACGAUGGAGGAGGUUAGGAGGAUGCCGAUGUAG